AUGUCACACAUCGAUAUUGAUGGGGCGGAUCUUCGAUCCAAAAAAGGCACCACCACUCCCUCCGUAAUAACCAUCUUCAUCACCGGCUUCAACCGCCGUCUCUGCUGCCGCCUCCUACUACUCUCCUCCUACCUCCAGCGUCUCAGCAAUAACCGUCAUAGCCGCCGUCCGCAACCCUCCCUACCCCACCUCUCGAUCUCUUUCAUUUUACGCCUGCCCAUCGUCAAGAUCGGACCGAACGUGCGCGCCGACCUAGCCGCUGCUGUGCAGGAGCUCGAGGAGAAGCAUGGUAUCGACACCAUUGACGUGGUUAUUGCUAACGCUUCGACGGGAUAUGUGUGGCCGAAGGUUAGGGAGGCCCAGGUGGAUGAUAAUAACAGAAGACGAAUAUGUUUGGGUUUGUGGAGCUGA